AUGGACAUUUCUUCUCCUAGGCAUAAAGAUCAGGCUUUACUUGGAGAAAUAGAAGGAACAUGUAUCACAUGUGCAAAAUCUGAGAAAGUGCCACAUGAAUAUUCUACGAUAGUAGGUAUUGAAGAAUUGGUACAUGAAAUUUUACUAAAUUUGAAAGAAAUUGUAUUGAGAAGUAAUAUACAUGGAGUUCGAGACGCAUCCAUUUACGUCAAGGGCCCUAAAUACGUAACCGCUCAAGAUAUCAUCUCACCACCUUCCGUGGAAAUAGUUGACACAACACAACAUAUAGCUAAUCUGACGGAACCAAUUGAUUUGUGUAUUGGAUUACAAAUAAGGAGAGAUCGCGGAUAUUGUACAAAACCAACAAUUAACUCUCAAGAUGGAAGUUAUCCUAUAGAUGCUGUAUCUAUGCCUGUUCGAAAUGCGAAUCAUAGUAUUCAUUCUUAUGGGAAUGGGAAGGAAAAAGAAGAGAUACUCUUUCUAGAAAUAUGGACAAAUGGAAGUUUAACUCCUAAGGAAUCACAUUAUGAAGCAGAGAAAUCUCUUACAAAUUUCCAAUAA